GUCCGCCAUGGCCCGCCUGCCCCCCCUCGCCGUCCUCUUCGCCGCCCUCGGGGCACUCGCCCACGGGGACCACUCCUUCGACCUCUCAGACCAGGCAGACAACGCCCUCUCCUACGCCGAACGCCAUAUGCACACAGAACACCACAUAGAUUCCUUUGACCUCGAAUCCUUCUUCAAGCUCCAUGACCUCGACAUGAACGGCUACUGGGACGAGCUCGAAAUCCAGGCCGUCUACGGACUGCACCACCACUCCCUCAAGGACAAGAUGCGCAAGGGAGCACAGGUGGACGCGAGAGCACAGAAUAUCGUUAGCAAAGUGCUCGAGGCGCUGGAUAAAAACCAAGAUGAUCAUUACGAUGAAGAAUCAGAAUACUGUACCAUUCCACGCCCGAGACUCAAACAGACGAGUCAUAUACCCAUCCAGAAGGUCCACCAUGCGGAGAUUGAAGAUGAAGAAGAUGCUCGUGAACGAAGGUUUGAAGGUCUCCCGCCCACCGCCGACUUGACCAAGGACCACGUCGCGGCCGAUCCGCUCGACCACCACGAACACGCUCCCGGGCAAGGACCUUUGGAUGAAAAUGAAAAUCCACAAAGCCGCGGAGAUGGAGACGGAGACGAAAACGAUUUCAAACCGGGAGAUGAAGUCGACCCUCCUCCUGUCCGUGUACCGAAAAGAGUCGACCCCGGAGCUGCUCCGCAACGGAUCGUGAAAGCCGGGCAUCUGGAGGAACUUGGGGGUCUCAAACAAGCGGCGCUCGAGCAACCUGGCUGGGUGGGCGGUGCACGACCCAAAAGUGCAGAGGAGCGGUUACGGGCCGGUGUACCUUACAAAUACAAAAUGCGCAAGGGUUUCCGGUACGACGAGUUCUAGGUACUUUUUGGAGGGGCUUGUUUACCAUGUAUUUCAUAUAUCCAUCAGAACUUUUGCAACUCGUGACUUUUAAAUUCAAGCCAUUUUUGUUUAGACAUCAUCAACCAUAUGCGCCAAACGCUAGCUUGAAUGAUAAGA